AUGGUUCCCAGGAAGCAAGAUGAUAUGUCAUAUGCAACUCUUGAGUUUUAUUUUCUUUCAGAGAUCUUACCCAAGCCCAUCCUCAGUAUCGAGCCCAGCUCUGUGGUUCCCACCAGGAGCAAUGUGACACUGAGCUGUGUAAAUUUUGUACAAAACAUAAUCUGUAGUAUUCAAAUGGGAGGUAAUAAUUUGGAUCCUCGGACACCAUGGAACUUGAGAAAAAGGCCAUCUAAAUUACAUUCAAGUUGGGGAGUCCCAGGUUGGUUUAAUUUCUAUCUCACUGGGUUAGAGGAGAGUGAUGCUGGAUACUACACCUGCGUAUGCUCUGGACAGAAAGAUCCUGAUGUACCACUGCAAAACAGUGAUGCAGUCCUACUCCUGGUCACAGGACAUUUACCUAAACCUUCCCUCCAAGCUCACCAAUGGAGCAAUGUGACAGCUGGAGGGAACGUAAUUCUUCAGUGUAAGAAGCCAGAUAAUAUGACUGAGUACAAAAUGUUCCUGCUCCUGAAGGAAGGAGUUUCAGCACCUGUACAGGUUCAGAGAUCAGAAAGGAACAGAGCAGACUUUUCACUUCAUGAUGUGACCCCUGAGGACACAGGAAAAUACAGCUGUGUCUACCACCAGAUAGGAGCCUCUUUCUGGGCCUCAUACCCCAGUGAUCUCCUUGAGAUCUUGGUGUCAGAUACAACAGAUAUGCACACACCCACGCACACAGGCACAAAGGUAUGCAUCUAUUCACUCCAUGAAACAAAGAAACAAUUGCAGCAAAUGUCCAAGAUGAUGAACCGAUGGGUUGUUAUUGGGGUUACUGACAGGAGCAUGGGUGGGGGAGUGUCACCUGGAGUAGGGAUGGCUCCACAGCAGCUGCACCAGCAGAAAGCCCCCUCCAGUGCUGCUGAUGACUCAUGA